UUUGAUUUGACUAAGUUUUUAAGCCCCCUCCCAUUCAUUCCACAUGGACAGAACCCUAUUGACCUCAGCCAGAGUUCUACUGGGUCCUGAGGCACUGGAGCUCCUGCCUGGCACUUUGCUGGGUCCUAAAGAUCCCACUGUUGAUUAUUACUUACACUUAUUUGGGCUUUUCAGACUGCACGUUCAGAGCUGUGCCUGCUAUGAUCAUGUUGUUUGGACCAUGGUGGCCCAAAGGCUCAUCGAAGCUCUUUAGCAUCGGAAAUCAAUGAUGGGAGAUCGAUGGUGGAAUGUUUUUGACAGCCGGACCAUAGUGCUAGGAAAAGGGGGUCAUGCAAUCGUUAGUCUGUCUGGUGAAUUCUGGUGGAGAGAUCAGAGCUGAACUGGUUUCAGUUGAAAAGUUGGAGGGGAGAAAAUGCCAGACUUUUCUGAGGAAGGGCUGGACCACUACCUACUGAAUCAAGUGGACCUGCGGCACCGUACAGUCAGCAGGCGUGUUGAGGAGGUUCUGACGGUGCUCAGAGAUCUGACCACUGAGGUCAGCAAGAAAGACGGACGCUUCCAGUCCAUCGCCCACGCUGGAGUCAACAACGAGAACAUCAAGGACCAGCCUGCCAUGGUGUCUAAAUGGGCAGCCCUCCUGAGAGGCAGAUGUUCCUUCAACCCAGCCAUCCAGGUCCUGACUUCCAGCCUGGUUUUGGUCAGUGUUCCGGUGAGGGGGUUGAUUGGAUAUCAUCAGCAUGUGGCUCGUCAGUGGAGGUACUAUUCUCUGACUGGCUCCAUUCUCCCCACUCCUGUCCGCGAGCCAGAGAAACUCCACCAAUGGCUGGAGCUGGAGAGCUUCACAAGCCCCGCCCAGGACUGGCAGGAUGCCAAAGUGUGUGUUGAGGGAGACAUUGUACCGGCCAAGGUGGUCAGUCUCUUCAGAGAACAACUAGAGACCGCCAUACUAACCUGCAGCUUCAGUGGUAAGGUCAGCAUCUUGGAGUCUGUGGGUUCGGUAGUGCGUGUUGCCAUAGAGACGGUGGAGGGUGUGAUGGAGGCAGAACUUGUUCCCACUGUGGAGCUGAUCAACUAUUGGCCGAAGAAGGCCCGCUGGCCCCGCCUUCUGCAGCGCUGGCCAACCACAGAGAGAGCUCGCUGCAUCAAGUCAUUUGGGUUUAACCUCAUGGCAACGUCUAAUUACCACUGGCUGUUGUCGUUCUCACGGGCGGAGCAGGCAUUGCUAGUGGCCGUUGAUGAGGACGGUGGUUGCCGUAGGAAGUGUUACCGUGUUGUCAGACAGCUGAAGGAGGACACCUGGUGUCCCGGCACCAAGCCUGUCAUCACAGCCUUCCACCUGCAGACUCUGUUGUUCUGGUGCUGUGAGAAGUUUCCAUGUGGGCGUGACUGGCGCUGUGUAAAGGAGUGUGUGCUGCGUGUAGCCAGGAAGCUGUUGAAGUGUGUGAGCCAGCGCUACCUGAGACACUACUUUGUCCGCUCCUACAACCUGCUGAAAUACAGUAACACCACAGAGUUAGACCACACAGCCCAGAAGAUCAAUGACUUUAUAGCCAACCCCAGCCUAUAUGUCCACUAAACACUGAUUAUUAACACCAAUUCUAGCAUGAUGUUUUUAUUGCUACUAUUCUUGUCUAUCCUAAUGUUGCAAACAUAAAAUGAAUACAAGGUUGUGUUCAGUAGGGCACAGCCUACCAAAACAUUUGUAGCAGUAGCUUUUUACUUAGUCAAAUUCCUGUACAUGCAAAUGUCUUUGGUGAAUAAAGAUGAUUCUGAUUCAUUUUACAUCAGGUAAUGAACAUCCUUAUUGAACAAGUCAAAAGUUUUUUUUAAAAUUCUGUACCUAAAUAAAGUAGUUUUCUUAUA